CAUUACGAUUCAUAUUUUGCACUUUCUUAGAUGUUUUGUGCUACUUUUGCUAGAAUAAAAGGAGAAGGGAAAACAUAUUGGAACCAUCUGUCUGUAGUUGACGUUCAGAACUGCUGCCACUGGGAAGCACACACAAGAAAUGCAUGGAUUUAGAUUUGGAUGUAGCUGUCACAAGCUGUGGACUGGCAGGCUCACUUUCCACUUAUCUUUUAUUAAAUGCCAACAUACAACUUGGCAAAGCACAUUAAUGGAAACUGAUAUGGUUUGACUGUAAACACAUGCAAGCACUCAGCCUUUUGUGCCUUCUUAGGAAUCUUAGAUUGUUUUUGUCUAUCCCAUGGAACUUGUUUCUCUUACAAUAAGUAACCUAGCCCACAUAUUCCUUUCCCUCCUCCUCUUUCCACUGCGUCUCCCUUUCCUUAACUGAGGAUUGGUCUCUCUUUUGUCAGCCCUGUUUUACUCUGCAGAGUUCUACUGUGAAGACCUGCAUUUCUUCCUGCAUGAAUAUGAAAUGGGCUGGAUGGGAUUAGGGGGAAGUGGCAGCUCCACCUCCCCCAUCAGUUUCAGGACUAGGUUAGUGGAGGAGAUGGAACAAAACAGACAGUGCUGGCAGCAUGACAAUAACCAGCUUUGCUGUUGCUCUAAUUUUAGGGAGCAUCCCUAUAGUGGACUGCUUUGAUAAGUCUUCCACUUCACCCAUUUAUCAUCUUUUCCAACAUCAUCAAUCACUUCGCAAGGCUCUUCAUCCUGGCCAGCAUCCUCAACCUCACCAUCAACUACCUGUUCAACACCAUCACACAGGUUGUCCAAAGUACAGAGGAAAAGAAGGCUCUAUAGGUGACUAUAUCAAUGUGACGGAAUUUGGUGCAGAUUGUUUAAACUGGGUUGAAAUCCCUACUUUUCUAGAGAGGACACCUGGGAAAGGACUAGGUGACCAUAACUUCUGCAGGAACCCAGAUGGGAGGAGUAAACCUUGGUGCUUCUUCAGGAACAACCAUGGCAGAGUUGACUGGGGAUACUGUGACUGCAAACAAGGGUCAGUGCGUCUGCGGGGGAGCCAGAAAAGUGAGUCAGAGGGAAGUAUUGUAGAAGUCUAUGUGAAUGGUGCCUGGGGAACGAUCUGCAGCAGCCAGUGGGAUGAUAAUGAUGCAUCCGUCAUAUGUCGUCAGCUUGAACUUGGCAAUAAAGGAGAAGCAAAGAAGAUAGCAUUAUCUGGGGUAAUUCCAUCUUUUUAUAGUGAUGUACGUUGCCGCGGUGAUGAAGAAAAUAUACUUCUUUGUGAAAAAAACAUCUGGAAGGGUGGAACGUGUCCCCAGGAUUUAGCAGCUGCGAUUACAUGUAGUUUUGCGCACGCCACAGACUCUUUCAUACCCGCUCGACUGGUUGGUGGUAGCUCACCUUUUGAAGGAAGGAUAGAAGUCUAUCAUUUGGGCCAAUGGGGCACAAUAUGUGAUGACCAGUGGGAUGAUGCAGAUGCUGAGGUGGUUUGCAGACAGCUGGGACUCGGGGGGGUUGCUAAAGCCUGGAGUCAAGCUCACUUUGGAGAAGGCACAGGUCAAAUUCUUCUGGAUGAGGUGCAGUGCACCGGAAAUGAACUGUCUAUAGAAGAGUGCCAUCGAAGUUUAUGGGGGGAACACAACUGUGGACACAAGGAAGAUGCUGGCGUUUCCUGUACACCAGUUGCAGAUGGCUCUAUUAGACUAGCAGGUGGUAAAGGUAACCAUGAAGGUCGUCUGGAAGUGUUCCAUAAUUCGCAGUGGGGGACCAUAUGUGAUGAUGGGUGGACAGAGCUGAAUACGCAAGUUGUAUGCCGUCAGCUGGGAUAUAAAAAUGGGAAGAUUUUACUGGAUAAUGAUUUAGAAGAAAGCACUGGUGUCAUCUGGCUAGAUGAUGUCACCUGUACAGGCAAAGAGCCAACAGUCACUCAGUGUACCAGGCCGGACUGGGGCAAGCAUGACUGCAGUCACCAGGAAGACAUUCACUUAUUUUGUUAUCCAGACACUGACCAGCACAGGACAUUAUCUGGUCCUCCUCUGAGGUUGAUGGAUGGCGAAACAAAGAAAGAGGGGCGUGUGGAGAUUUAUCUCAAUGGCCAGUGGGGGACAAUCUGUGAUGAUGGAUGGACCGAUAAGGACGCGUCUGUUGUGUGUCGGCAACUUGGCUACAAGGGUCCUGCUAAAGCCAGGAACAUGGCUUAUUUUGGAGAAGGUAAAGGACCGAUCCAUGUGGAUAACGUUAAAUGCACCGGAAAUGAAAGAUCCUUAGCAGACUGUAUCAAGGAAGAUAUUGGAAAGCACAACUGUCGCCAUAGUGAAGACGCUGGAGUGAUCUGUGAAUACUUAAGCAAGAAAAUGACAGCUGUAGGACAUAAAGAAUCCUCACUUGUCUGUGGGAUUCGGUUGCUACAUCGACGUCCAAAGCGUAUUAUUGGUGGGAGAAAUUCUUUACGGGGUGGCUGGCCCUGGCAGGUAGCUCUGCGGCUGAAAUCGUCUCAGAGUGAUGGCAGAUUGUUAUGCGGAGCCACUCUCAUUAGCAGCUGCUGGGUGCUCACUGCAGCACAUUGCUUCAAGAGGUAUGGUAACAACACUCGUAGUUAUGUGAUCAGAGUGGGAGAUUAUCACACACUUGUCCCUGAGGAGUAUGAAGAGGACAUGGGAGUACAGCAGAUCAUAAUACACAAAGAUUACAGACCUGUUGGAAGUGACUAUGACAUUGCUCUGAUAAGGCUACAUGGAUCUUCCGAACAGUGUGUACCAUUCAGCAGCCAUGUCUUACCAGCCUGUUUGCCCUUAAGACGAGAAAGGCCUCAAAAAACGGCAUCUAACUGUUAUAUCACAGGAUGGGGUGAUACAGGUCGGGCAUAUUCAAGGACUUUACAACAAGCUGGAGUGACAUUACUACCCAAGCGAAUCUGUGAGGAGCGGUACAGGAGCCGGUUUACGGGAAGGAUGCUUUGUGCAGGAAGUCCUCAAGAACAGAAGCACGUGGACAGCUGUCAAGGCGACAGUGGUGGCCCAUUAGUGUGUGAACGUGCUGGGGGCAGCUGGGUGGUCUAUGGGGUCACUUCUUGGGGCUAUGGAUGCGGGAUGAAGGACUCUCCUGGAGUAUACACAAAAGUGUCCUCUUUUAUACCAUGGAUAAAGAGUAUGACCAAUUUAUAGACAACGGGAUUCAAAUGUUUCCAAGGAAGCUAGACCAAAUUCUCAUGUAUGUUACAUUUACAACAAGACACUCAGGAGCUAGUGUGGCAAAAUGUUUCUGCCUAUGUGCAACUAGUAAAUGCUGCAUCAUACAGACUUUAUUACUUUACCUUUACAAGGACUUGUUAUAAGCAAUGCCAAGUGGCAGCCAGACAGAGUGGACUAUAACAGGUACACUGCCUUAAGCAGCAAGUUAUGAAACUAAAGUUAAUAAACAAUUACUGUCCUAAUGUUAAUUUUUUAUUUUAUUUUUGGUAUCUAAAUGAAAUGUUUUAUCUUGUUACUAGGUCUGUGAUUAAAAAUGAUAUGAUCUGUAUUUUCUGUAUACACUUUUUUUUAUUUUUUAUUUUUCACUGUAUGUCCUUGAUUUCACAGGUAAAGAUGUAAUAUGAGUCGGGGUUGAGCAAACUCGCUGCAAAGCAAGGACCUUUGGUGGUUCCCAUAAAUAAGGCUCCAGUCCUAGGUUUUGAAAGCUUUAGAUCACUUAGAUUGGCUGCCAGUUUUAAUCCUUGCUAUAUUGCAUUGCUAUGCAGUCUGCUCUCUCAGCUGAAAAUGAUCACCACUUACCUCCAUGCAGGUCAUCUGGUCACUGCCCAUCUGUCCAGACUCACUGUUAGCCCCUCUGUCGCUCUCUAUCCUAGAGGUGGCACUUGCUCAAUGACAACUCCCUCCAUGGGAUCAUGUGGUGCUCUGUCUGCAAUCACAUGUCCAGCAGAAAAGACCUCCAAGUUACAUUAUGUGAUGCCUCAAUAACCCAACUUAGCCAUGAAUCUGCAAAGCAACCAUGCUGGCAGAAAAUCUGCCUCUUUUUGUAGAUAGGGAGACUCCACUUUAGAAUUUUUUUUAAUAACAGUAUCCCCUUAGACUUACCUGCCACCACAUCCUUGUUGCCCCGAUAUUGCUGCUCCCAUCCUCCGAUGUGAUCUUCUUCCUGGCUGUUGGUGGUUGAUGUGUCACAUUAAGGCUCAGCUAAUUGCCAGUCAGAGUGAUUUUCUGCUUUCGCUGGUCAUAGGCUGAAUGGCAGUGUGACAAAUUGAACGCCUGCACUGGCCUUCUUCUGUCUGCCUAUUGCUGGCCGAGGCGGGACAUUAUUGCGGCCAGCCAUUAGCUGAGCCAAUGUGUGAUACGUCGACCACCGGCAACCAGGAAGAAGACCGAUACUGGGGCUCUGAGUGAACCGAGGCUGGAAAGUCUCAGUUGUGUUUCAUAUGCUGGCAGCCUGGGGGUAAUGUUAAAAAAUGUCCUACAGCAGAGUACCCUAUUAACAAAUCCUCCUCCAAGUACACUACGUAUAUUACAUUUCACUGUGCUAUGCUGUUUGCAUAAAUCCCAAGCUGUUGAAACCGCAUUUCUCGUUGCACUUUACUGUUUUUUAAUAACCCAUUCAUUGGUAUAAGAAUGAUAGAAACAGCAUAGCACAGUGAGUUUAGGUUAGGGUGGCCCCUGUUCUGGGCAUAGGUGUGGCCAGAACAGGUGGGACCUGCAUGUAUUACACAUUUAUGUCAUAUCCUGUGGAUAUAAUUUCAGUAGUUCUUCUGAGACAUUACACAUGAAUAAUGCAAGACAGGCAUAAGAAUCAUAGAGAGAGCUUCUGAGACUCCUAUAGUUCACCGAGAUGCCAUGCCUACCAUUCUCCACAAGAACAUAGGGGAAGAUUUAUCAAAACCUGUCUAGAUGAAUAGUGUCUGAGUUGCCAAUAGCAACCAAUAAGAUCACUUCUUUCAUUUCUGAAAAGGCUUCUGAAAAAUGAAAGAAGCAAUCUGAUUGGUUGCUAUGGGCAACUCAGCAACUUUUCCUUUGGACAGGUUAUCAUAAAUCUCCCCCUUAGAGAUCAGCAGAUCAGCAACACUGCAAGUGCCAUAGAUUCCAAUGGGUUCCUUUAUCUUGACAAGCAUCAGAAACAAGACCAACUCAGUAAAAAAUUAAAAAAAAUAAAAACAUUAUGAUUGUUUUCUUUUUUUUUUUUUACAAACAGAGUUGGUGCUGCAGUUCUUCUUAUGCUACAGGUACUGCAAUGUGUGAAAACAAAGAAUAAAAAGACAUGGUCCACGAAGCACAUCUCUUUGCUUUAUGCCAAGGAAUAUUAGGAGGACGCCAACAGGCUAAUCCAUUUUGUUAUAGAAGGUAAAGUUGAGUGGCAUCAACCAUCAGAAAGUGUAUGGGAGCAUUGUACUCUUUUCUGUGGGUCCUCUCUUUAUGUCCUAAUGUACAUUUUUACGAUUAUUUGUGGAGCAGAGAUUGAAGACGUGUAGUAUCAUGUCAACAAACGUUAUCUUUUUUGUAUUUCAUAUUUUGUUUGUUCUACUCGUUUUUUGUAAUUUACUUCUGCAAUAUUUCUGCUGUCUCGUGUCAUAAUGUUUAUGGAGAACUUUAGUGUGAAAUGUUCAAGGGCUGUCUUUACAAUGUAAGAUAACUUACAGAAAAUGAUGGAGGCAUAGAUCAAUGCACUUGAACCUAGAUAGUGUUGUAUGGGCAAUUCAAAUAAAACUUGAAGUAUAA